AUGGCCCGUGGGGGGCCGGUGGCUGUCUUGGGUGCUGUCGCUUGCCUUUGCUUCCUGGCCCCGGCGGCUGUGGGCUUCAAGAAGAGAGGACCCAGCGUCACAGCCAAGGUGUUCUUUGAUGUGAAGAUUGGAGACAAAGAUGUUGGCAGAAUUGUAAUUGGAUUGUUUGGAAAAGUUGUCCCAAAGACUGUGGAAAACUUCAUUGCACUGGCUACUGGAGAAAGAGGAUAUGGAUACAAAGGAAGUAAAUUUCAUCGUGUGAUCAAAGACUUCAUGAUUCAAGGAGGAGACUUUACAGCUGGAGAUGGAUCAGGAGGAAGAAGCAUCUAUGGAGAGAGGUUUCCAGAUGAGAACUUCAAGCUCAAACACUAUGGAAUAGGAUGGGUUAGCAUGGCUAAUUCUGGCCCAGACACCAAUGGAUCCCAGUUCUUCAUCAGUGUGACAAAGCCUUCCUGGUUAGAUGGAAAACAUGUAGUAUUUGGCAAAGUCCUUGAUGGAAUGUCAGUUGUGCACUCGAUAGAACUCCAGCAGACAGAUGAACAUGACCGGCCCCUUCAAGACUGUGUGAUUGUGAACAGUGGCAAAAUAACUGUUAAAGAACCUUUCGUAGUUGAAGUAGGUGACUGGUGAGGACAGCAGUCAGAAUGGAAAGUAAAAAUCACUGUUCUGUACGGCCUGUUUUCAACCGAUCUCAACUAUCCAUUGAAUUUUAUCCUCAAAACAUAUGAAGAUACACUUGCAGUAUGUAUCGUUUGCCAAAUACCUAAAUGAUAUAACCAUUUCUUUAACAGCUUGAUGGAACUAUCACUCUUUGAACGACAUUCCACUAAAUGAUAGAUCUUGUGGAAAGUCCUCACAAAAAAAUCUAGUACUUCAGUUUUUUAAGGUUUGAAAUGCAAUUGUGUAAUGCAAAUGUAAUUUUGUUCUCUGUGUUCUCUUUUGCAGUAUUUGUUUCUGCCUUUUCAACUGAAAAUACUGUUUCCUGCAACACGUUCAGCACUGUUAAAAAUGCAAAAAAAAA